GGGCGUUGUCGGACGCGCGAGCCCAGAAGAAUAUAGAGGAAGUAUAAAGCGUAGUUAUUCGGCUUCCCACACAGUUUGUAGACAGGGUACAACCUACUCCAAUAUUAUUGGCCCCGAGACAUGUACUCAUGCACUAUGAUUGGCUGUUAUGUAGAAUACGAUCCAAAAUAGCCAGAUUGGAAAAGAUGUGAUUUUAGCGUAGAGGCUUUAAUAUCUUUACCACUAUUCCCAAACGACCCUUAUCCUAACCUUAACCUAUCGUAAACUUAACCAAAACAAACGUAUUUGAUUUUAUUUCGUACUAAUGUGAUAGAUUCAGGGAACGUCUGUCCUCCACUGUGCUGCGUCCUGCAGUGGGGCGUGUCCUCGAUAGAACCCGAGUGGGAAUCCCAAUCGCGGGUCAGUCAGCAGUCCAUAACAGCGUCUGGGCCGAUAUGGCGACGGAUAUAACUAAAGGUGUGGACCAUGUGUCAGUUGGUGAACUAUAUGUGUCAGAUAAAUGUGGUAACGACCAGGAUGGAGAUGGCUCUGAGCAGAAGCCCUUCAAGACUCCUCUCAAGGCUCUGCUCUUCACUGGCCAAGAACCAUUCCCAACAAUCUAUGUAGACUCAAAGAAAGAGGAUGAGCGUUGGGUAGUGAUUUCUAAGACACAGAUGAAGAAUGCAAAGAAAGCUUUUCACCGUGAACAGGCCAAGAAUGAGUCGAAAGACAAGAAGGAGGCAGAAGACAGUGAGAGGAGAGAGAAGAACCUUGAGGAAGCCAAGAAAAUCAUUAUUGAAAAGGAUCCCAGUUUGGCCGAGCCUGAGACGGUAAAAAUCAGUCAUCUAGGACCAAAGAGAGGUCAGAGAGUUAAAGUGUUUGGAUGGGUUCAUCGCCUUAGGAGACAAGGGAAAAAUUUGAUGUUUAUCGUGCUGAGGGAUGGCACUGGUUUCCUGCAGUGUGUCCUGUCUGAUAAACUGUGUCAGUGCUACAAUGGCUUAGUUUUGUCUACUGAGAGCAGUGUAGCUCUUUAUGGGAUAGUCACUCCAGUUCCUAAAGGAAAACAGGCACCAGGAGGCCACGAGCUCCACUGCGACUUCUGGGAGCUGAUUGGGCUGGCACCAGCAGGCGGGGCUGACAACAUUUUGAACGAGGACUCUGACGUGGACGUCCAGCUUAACAACCGACACAUGAUGAUCAGAGGAGAAAAUGUAUCCAAGAUCCUCAAAAUCCGAUCCAUCGUCACACAGUGCUUCAGGGACCACUUCUUCAGCCGUGGUUACUAUGAGGUUUGUCCUCCAACUUUAGUGCAGACUCAGGUGGAGGGUGGAUCCACACUGUUUAGUUUCAACUACUUUGGUGAGGAGGCUUUCCUGACACAGUCCUCGCAGUUUUACCUGGAGACGUGCAUACCUGCACUGGGCGACAAUUUCUGCAUUGCUCAGUCAUACCGAGCUGAGCAGUCUCGCACCCGCAGACACCUUGCAGAGUACACUCACAUUGAAGCAGAGUGUCCCUUCAUAACUUUUGAGGACCUGCUGGAGAAAGUGCAGGACUUGGUGUGUGAUGUUGUGGACCGAGUUCUAAAAUCCCCCGCUGCACCACUACUUCAUGACAUCAACCCGGACUUCAAACCACCUAAAAGGCCAUUCAAGAGGAUGAACUACUCUGAUGCCAUCAAGUGGCUCAAAGAACACGAUGUGAAGAAGGAGGAUGGCACCUACUAUGAGUUUGGAGAGGACAUCCCUGAGGCCCCCGAGAGGCUCAUGACGGACGCCAUCAAUGAAACCAUUUUGCUUUGUCGUUUCCCAGCUGAGAUCAAGUCCUUCUACAUGCAGCGUUGCCCUGAGGACAGACGGCUCACUGAGUCGGUUGACGUUUUAAUGCCAAACGUGGGAGAGAUUGCCGGAGCCUCAAUGCGUAUCUGGGAUACUGAGGAUCUGUAUGAGGGCUACAAGAGGGAGGGAAUUGACCCUGCUGUGUACUACUGGUAUACUGAUCAGAGGAAAUACGGCACAUGUCCUCACGGUGGUUAUGGCCUGGGUCUUGAUCGUUUCCUCACUUGGCUGCUGAACAGACACCACAUCAGAGAUGUCUGCCUUUACCCAAGAUUCAUCCAACGCUGCCGGCCCUAAAUACAAAACAUACCCAACACACUUAUGGAACCAUCAAUUAUAGAAACUACAAUAAUGAAUCAUCUAUGGUAAUUUACAUUUUUUUCCUUUUUUUUUUUUUUUUGUUCAGCUUCAUUUAUCACGUCCAAAUCAAAAAUAUUUCACCGUGUAGUGCUCAGCCAACAUUCUGAUUACUCAUUGCAGUCACUUCAGAUUAUUUACGUCCACUUGUGUUCUCAAAAACAAACACAUUUUCUGUAACUGUGAAGUACUGCACAAGCUUGAUUGUUUCCUCCCUUAAAUGUAGUCCUUCUAGUGCGCUAUCCUUGGGUUCGUAAGAAGUGGAAACAUUGCUCAAUGGUUAUUUUAUAUUAUUUUAUUUUAUUUACAAUUGGUGCACUCAUUUUACUCUCCUGUCCAAAUAACCUAGGAACAAAAGAUGUCUGCUUUUCUCAUUUCUCCAAGUUGUUAAAGUGAAAAAAAUGUCUCUAGUUUUGAAAUAAGAAGGUUGUUGUAGCCUUUCAUGAGGGGAGGACAAGGCAAGAAAGUACACAUGCACAUAUUGAUCAUGCUAAUGUGUUUUUAGAAUUGGGUAAAACUUUCUAAUCAAGUAACAUUAGCAAUGGGCUGAAGAACAUGUGACUCUGGUCUUGCAAGAAAGUGAACCAAAGCCUUGACUGCUAUUUGUCCAUCAAUUGAUUGCAGUUUUAUACAUGUCAUGAAAUGUUUUUCUCUUUUUUGUCAUCUGAUCAAGCUAGAAGACGCCACCAAUAAAACAAAAACAAAUUA